ACAACAUCGCGAGGCCAUGUCCGAGCGCUAGGCAGCACAAGAUACCGAGCGACGAAGUGACCAUCUGCGACGUUGGGCGGAUGAGUGACCGACGAGUUGUGGAAUGCUGCUGCUGCCGAGCGACGAGGCGACUUUCGCGACGGCCAUUACGAUCGAGCACGUCAGUCGCGCGUCAUUCAACCUCCAUCGGCCAUGUCCCAUUCUUCUCACUCAGCAACAGCGCAGCGUCCACUGCCUCCACACGACGACGACAUGGUGAUGGUUGAUAUAACCCGGUCGUCUCCGUCGCUCCGUCCAGUCUUCCACUCACCUACCCACGCACCACAAUGACGACCGAGACCCUCACCGAGGUCGCCGAAGGCGUCAAGACGCUCAAGCUCUCCCCGCCUGUGCCGCAGGCCACGGCCAAAGCCCAGUGGUUCAGCGAGACGGGCCUCCCGGACGAGCAGUAUCCCUACAAGCACCUCCUGCCGACGUUUGACGGCCACCUCAAGCUCCCCCCGCUCACCGACUUCGAGCACAAGGACCCAGGCCACGAGGCGCUCAAGCACGCCGACCCGGCCGCGUUCCUCGCCAACGCGGACGUCGACGAGCUCACACCCCGCUUCGGGUCCGAGGUGUCCGGGGUGCAGCUUAGCCAGCUUGACGACGCGGGCAGGCAGCAGCUCGCGCUGUUUGUCGCGCAGCGCGGCGUUGUUGCCUUCCGCGACCAAGACUUUGUCGACCAGGACCCCGAAUGGCAGAUCAACAACUGGGCCAAGUUCUUUGGCCGGCCGCACAUCCACCCGACGUCGGGCGCGCCCGAGGGCCUGCCCGAGUUCCACCUGGUGUACCGCAGCCCGAAGGGCACGGCGAACUUUGAGCGGCCGGACCAGCUCACGUCGGUGCUGUGGCACAGCGACGUGACGUACGAGAAGCAGCCGCCUGGCUUGACCGCGCUGUUCCUGUACGACUCGCCGAAGAGCGGCGGGGACACGUCGUACGUCGACCAGCGGCAGGCGUAUGCGCGUCUCUCGCCCGCGCUCGCGGCGUUUGUCGAGACGCUGAAGGCGACGCACUCGGGCGUCGAGCAGGCCGAGCACUCGCGCAAGGGCGCGCGUGGCGGCAUUGUCAAGCGCGAGCCGGUCAUCAACGAGCACCCCGUCGUCCGCCGCCACCCCGUCACGGGCGAGAAGGCGCUCUUCAUCAACCGCCAGUUCACGCGCCGCAUCGUCGGCCUCAAGAAGGAGGAGUCGGACGCGCUGCUUGAGCUGCUGUAUGCGCACAUCGAGCGCGGCGCAGACUUCCAGGUACGCCUGCGCUGGAAGCCGCGCACCGUCGUGUUGUGGGAUAACAGGAUCACGGCGCACAGCGCGCUCGUGGACUUUGACGCCGUCACGACCGCCAAGCGCCACGGCGCGCGCAUCACCCCGCAGGCUGAGCGCCCCUUUAUCUAGCCGGUAGAGAGUCAGAUAUGAACGUGUU